AUGACAAGAAGCAAAAAUUCAAAAACUCCCGCCAUCACCAAGUCCAUUACCAAACCUCCUGGCAGAAAGAGCGUCAAUACUUUGAGCAAAUUUCGAUCCGAAUCCCACGAUCAGCGGCUCAAACGGUUCCUUCUCAGUACUGAUGCUGCCACCGCCAAAAAAAAUGAUGUCGAUGAUUCGACAGUGCGAUUUAAACAUUUGUUGGCCCUUACUCCGUUGUUUCGGUAUUUCAUAGAUUUGAGUGCCUCCAAAGAUGUGCUGUUCAAAAAAGUGAUUCGUCAGCUCGACAAUGAACACUCCAUUCAAUUGAAAGAUACGAAGAAGAGAAAGAGAAGAAAGACAGAAAAGGAAGAAGAUGCUGAGUUGUUAGAAGAGGAAAUACAUGUGGGAGAUGGUGACCAGGAGAAAACUGUGAUGGUUGAAACUCCCUCGUACGUGCAUGGCAAACUUAGAGACUACCAAAUCCAGGGUUUGAAUUGGUUGAUUUCUUUGUAUGAAAACAGACUCAGUGGUAUAUUGGCUGAUGAAAUGGGUUUGGGAAAGACCUUACAAACUAUCUCUUUUUUGGGGUACUUAAGGUACAUAAAGCACAUCGACGGUCCUUUCGUUGUGAUCGUGCCCAAGUCUACGUUGGACAACUGGAGAAGAGAAUUUGCCAAAUGGACUCCCGAAGUCAAUGUGGUGGUCUUACAGGGUAACAAAGAGCAACGUACAGACAUAAUGCAAAAUCAGCUUUUGACUGCAAAGUUCGAUGUGUUAGUUACCUCGUUUGAGAUGGUAAUCAGAGAGAAGUCUCAACUUAAGAAAUUUAAGUGGGAAUAUAUUGUUGUUGACGAGGCCCAUAGAAUCAAAAACGAAGAGAGUUCGUUAUCACAGAUAAUCAGAUUGUUUUAUUCCCGAAAUAGGUUGUUAAUUACUGGAACUCCAUUGCAGAAUAAUUUACACGAAUUAUGGGCGUUGUUGAACUUCUUGUUGCCGGAUGUGUUUGGUGAUUCUGAAGUUUUCGACGAAUGGUUCGACAACCAGGGUGGUAAGGAGAACCCUGAAAGCCAGGACCAGGAUCAGGUAGUACAGCAGCUUCACCAGCUUUUAAGUCCAUUUUUGUUGAGAAGAGUGAAAGCCGAUGUUGAAAAAUCGUUAUUACCUAAAAUCGAAACUAAUGUGUAUAUUGGUAUGACCGAUAUGCAAAGGAAAUGGUAUAGACAAUUAUUGGAAAAGGAUAUUGAUGCUGUCAAUGGUGCUGUUGGAAAAAGGGAAGGAAAAACUCGUCUUUUGAACAUUGUUAUGCAACUCAGAAAGUGUUGUAACCAUCCAUAUUUAUUUGACGGGGCUGAACCAGGCCCCCCCUUCACCACAGAUGAACAUUUGGUUUUCAAUGCUGGUAAAAUGAUAAUAUUGGAUAAAAUGUUGCUGAAAUUCAAAAGAGAAGGUUCGAGAGUCUUGAUCUUCUCUCAGAUGUCCAGAUUGUUGGAUAUCUUAGAGGAUUAUUGUUUCUUGAGAGAGUACAAUUAUUGCAGAAUUGACGGUUCAACGUCCCACGAAGAAAGAAUCCAGGCCAUUGACGAUUACAAUGCUCCAGACCUGGAAAAAUUCAUUUUCUUAUUGACCACCAGAGCUGGAGGGUUGGGUAUCAAUUUGACUACUGCUGACAUCGUUAUUCUUUACGAUUCGGAUUGGAAUCCUCAGGCUGAUCUUCAAGCUAUGGAUAGGGCUCACAGAAUUGGACAGAAGAAGCAAGUGAAGGUUUUUCGAUUUGUCAGUGAAAAUGCCAUAGAGGAGAAGGUGUUAGAAAGAGCUGCUCAGAAAUUGAGAUUGGAUCAGUUAGUCAUCCAACAAGGUAGACUGAGUUCAACUGCAGCUAUUGGUAGUAAUAAGGAUGAUUUGAUAGGCAUGAUUCAACAUGGUGCUCAAGAAGUAUUUCAGUCUGACAAGACAGAGAUGUUUGAUGAUGAUAUUGAUGCUAUCUUACAAAGAGGUGCCGAAAAAACCAAGACUUUGAACCUGAAGUUCAAUAAAUUAGGUCUUGAUGAUAUUCAAAACUUUGCCUUCGACAACUCUACUUGGGAAUGGAAUGGUCAAAACUUUUCCAAAAAGGAGAAUGACAAAACUGGAGUUGCGUGGAUCAACCCUAGUAAAAGAGAGAGAAAGGAGCAAACUUAUUCUAUUGAUAAUUAUUAUAAAGAUGUGCUAAAGGCAACUUUAACAACAAAAGCCACCAACUCUCAGUUGAAAGCAAAAGCUCCCAAGCACUAUAACAUUCAGGAUCAUCAGUUCUUCCCCGAUGGCCUUGCUGAACUCCUAGAAAGAGAACAAUUACAGUACAAGCAAGAAGUUGGGUACAAGUACUCUGUAGAUGAGUUUGGAGAUAGCGAUGAGGAGUUUUUGGCUGAUGAAUUCAAGAGCGAUGUCUCUAGAGAAGAAAGAAGACGGAUAGAGCAGAAGAAAGUUGAUUCUGUCAUACCAUUGACUGAAGAAGAAACAAAGGCGAAGGACCAAAUGCUACUGGAAUCGUUCUAUAACUGGACCAGGCGUGACUUCACAAAUUUCAUUCAUGGCUGUGCUAAGCACGGAAGAAACUCUUUCGAGCAGAUAGCUAAGUCAGUUGGGACCAAAACUCCUGAGGAAGUUCAACAGUAUUCACAAACCUUUUGGAAAAAGUAUACUACAAUUGAAGGUUACGAAAAGUACAUUACUCAAAUCGAAUCAAGUGAGAAGAAACUGGCUAAAUUACAGAAACAACAGGAAAUUUUACAUUCAAAAAUGAGUCAAAUCGAAGAUCCAUUGUCAGAUUUAACUAUUGCAUAUCCCCCAAACAAUUCCAAAAGAGUUUAUUCCAAGCUUGAAGAUAGGUUCAUCUUGGCUUGCGUUUAUAAACAUGGAAUCUUCAGUGAAAAUUUGUCUGAGAAAGUAAGAGAAGAAGUAUCAUUGAGUGAUCUUUUCAGAUUUGAUUGGUUUAUGUUAUCCAGAACUGCUCAAGAGCUUGGUAGACGAAUUAACACAUUACUUCUAGCUCUUACACGAGAAGUGGAUACUGCCAACAAAAAGAAAUCAAAACUUCCUAACAUUGGUAGCUCUGCAAAUAGUACUAGACCUGGAUCAACUGAACCAUCUGCAAUACCUAAUGGAGCUGGUGCCAAAAGGAACGGGGAUGAAAAUACGAUUGCUCCCAUCAAAAGAAAGAAGAAAUAA